CUGUAAACAUAUAGAAGGUAAUAUUUGGACUUCUCUGGUUCUCUGCACUGAUUUUAAGCACAACCGGAAAUAUAUCUACGCACACACUCGCAAGACCGGAAAUCCAAGAAUGCGGAGAUUUGCAACUAGCCCAUUGGCAAGGCGUGGGAAAGUUGUACAAAAGAUUAGAAAGAAUGCUUUAAACUGUAAAUCUGCACAAUUUAAGCAUGUUGUUAUUCUCCGUAGAUAAGUGUAUAUGAUUCUAAAUAACGGACAGGAGUUGAAUCUUGCACUGAAAUGUUAUUUAUCUAACAUCAGAAACAAUAAAAUGUUUUAAGUGUGGUAAAGAAGGACAUCUUGUUCGUGCUUGUCCAGAGAAUGGACAACAUGAAACAAUUCAGAAUAAUGAUGGAGAGGGGCAAGAACAAAAUGUUGUGUGUGAAAACCAACAAGAGAAGGACAGGGAUAGAAAUGAGGGGAAAAACAUGAGAAUGGUGAAAAAGUAAACAAGGAGCUGAUCAUGAAGAAAGUGUGAAUAACGAUAACGAUAAGUGAGUUUGAAUCUGUAAGCUCAGCUGAUUCAGUUUCUCUUAGGAGAUCUGAAAGGAUUACCUAUACCCUUGCAAACUGUUUAACUAGUUCAGGUAGAGGAUUUAAUUCCUGAUCGGAAAUUGUUUAUAGAGUCAGUAAGAGUGUCAAUGAAAGAAAAAGGGUUUGGGGGUCUCAUAGAACAAGAACUGAUACUGGCUGAAGAAAAUAGUUUUAAAAGCUGAAAUCAACUAUGUUAAAUUAUGCAAAAGCAAUGUUAUAAUCUUUCUUUUUACUUUUCUUUUUUUGUUAUGCUCAGUCUCUUUUUUUAUUAAUUUAUUCAUGAGUAAUUUAAAGCUGGGCAGUUUGAACAUAAAUGGUGCAAGGGAUCAUAGAAAAAGAGCAGUGCUGUUUGACCUGGUAAAGCAAAAAAAUAUUGUUGUCAUGUUUGUUCAGGAGACUUAUACUGAUAUGCAGAAUGAAAAUGCAUGGAAAAUGGAGUUGGAAAGAGAGGUGUUUAAGAGUCAUAAGACUAAUAUCAGGCAAGGAUUUGCUUUGUCCGGCAUGUUGUAUGCUUCAGCAAUUGAACCAUUUUUAGUAAGAAUAAGAGCAAAGAUAGAUAGUUUGGAGUAUACCAAAAUGUGAUUUUAAAAUUAAAUUCUCGGCUUAUGCUGAUGAUGUUAUUGGUAUUGUGAAUAAUCAAGAAGAGGUGGAUAAUCUAAGAAUAAUAAUAAUUGAUGACUUUGGGAAACUGUCUUCAGCUAAGUUAAACUGGAGUAAGAGUGAAGUUAUUGUAUGUGGAAAGUGGGAUGGAUAAUGCCUUCCUAAUUUACCUGCUGGAUUUGAUUGGAAGAAAAAUGGCUUUAAAUAUUUAGGUGUAUACCUUGGAGAUUAUUCAGUUUUACAAAAAAACUAGUCGAUUUUUAGAAAAAAAAAACUAAGGGGUGACUGGAAAAAUGGAAAUGGCUUUGGCCCAAAAUAUAAUUUAGAUGAUGUGUUAUAGUCAUCAGUAAUUUGGAGGCGUCAACAUUUUGGCAUUGCUUGGCAUGUACUGAGCCACCAAGCGGACUUUUUGCAAAACUACAAGCUUUCAUUAUGGACUUGAUUUGGACUAAGCUUCACUGGGUGCUUAAUGCAAGUAUUUUAAGGUAUGAAUUAAGUCCUGCAAUGCACCUUGCAUGCACUUUAUGAUGAAUAAUUGUAACCACAUUGUUACACCAAUAUAUAAUGCAUUACAUGUAAAGGCUUUAACAGACAUCUUGCAGACAUAUCUGUGUUAUCUGGGUCGAAACUAAACUCAACAGGAAUGUUGCUCUUCAGAAAAAGGAAUAAGGAAACUGCUUCGCAUAUUCACAGAAACCCCUUUUUUACACGAAUCACUCAAACACAGAACCAGGAAAAUAUUUAAACUCAUCAGUUCAGGAAAAGUUAAACUGAAGUUUCGUUGAGCUGUGGUGUGUUUGUGUCUCUGUAUUCAUGCUGUAAAAUGGCAGAAGCCAGAAUUUCAGUGGAUCAAAAGGAUUUCUUGUGUGCAGUGUGUCUGGAUCUCCUGAAGGAUCCAGUGACCAUCCAGUGUGGACACAGUUACUGUAAGAUCUGUAUUACAGACUGCUGGGAUCAGAAUGAUAAAAUGGGAUUCUACAGCUGUCCUCAGUGCAGACAGACCUUCAGUCCAAGACCUGCUUUAUCUAGAAACACCAUGCUGGCUGAAGUGGUGGAGAAACUGAAGAAGACUAAAUUUUUUGCUGAUUCUUACGCUGGAGCUGGAGAUGUGCAGUGUGAUUUCUGUACUGGAAGAAAACACAAAGCCGUAAAGUCCUGUCUGAUGUGUCUGGACUCUUAUUGUCAAACUCAUUUUGACCGUCAUGAAGAAUUUCAUUCACGUAAACCACACAGAGUAAUUGAAGCCACUGGACGACUGCAGGAGAUGAUCUGCCAGAAACAUGAGAAGAUCCUUGAGGUUUUCUGUCGCACUGAUCAGAAAUGUAUAUGUAUGUUGUGUACAAUGGAUGAACAUAAAAACCAUGACACUGUAACAGCAGCAGCACAGAGGACAAAGAAACAGAAGCAGCUGAAGGAGACACAGAAGACGCUCCAGCAGAGGAUCCAGCAGAGAGAGAAAGAUCUCCAGCAGCUGAGAGAGACUGUGGAGUCUCAUAAGCGCUCUGCACAGACAGCAGUGGAGGACAGUGAGAGGAUCUUUACUGAGCUCAUCCUCUCCAUUGAGAGAAGCCGCUCUGAGCUGAUACGACUGAUCAGAGAUCAGGAAAAGACUGCAGUGAGUCGAGCUGAAGAACGACUGGAGCGACUGGAGCAGGAGAUCAAUGAUCUGAGGAGGAGAGACGCUGAGCUGGAGCAGCUUUCACACACACAGGAUCACAUCCAGUUCCUGCAGAGUUUCCAGUCUCUCUCAGCACCUCCUGAAUCUACAGAUGUAAAUGAGGGUAUCUUCAGUGAUCUCUUCUCUUCUGAUGAUCUGAGAGAAUCUGUCCAUCAGCUGAGACACAAACUGGAGGAUUUCUGCAUAGAGCAGCUGAAGAAGAUCUCAGACAGAGCCACAUUCACCAACAUUGACUACUGGACCAGGAAGGACUUCCUACAAUAUUCCCAUCAGCUCACUCUGGAUCUGAACACAGUGAAUAAACGUCUCCGUCUGUCUGAGAGCAAUAGAGUGAUUACUAACACUGGCACAGAUCAGACAUAUCCUGAUCAUCCAGACAGAUUUAAUUAUGUGUCUCAGGUGUUAUGUAGAGAGAGUGUGUGUGGACACUGUUACUGGGAGCUGCAGUGGAGUGGACAAGAAGUGUGUAUAUCAGUGUCAUAUAAGAGCAUCAGCAGGAAGGGACGGGGUCAUGAUUGUUGGUUUGGAUUUUAUGAUCAGUCCUGGAGUUUAAUCUGCUCUUCCUCCAGUUACUCAUUCAUCCACAAUAAGAUACAGACUGUUAUCCGUGUAGAGUCCAUCAGCAGGAGAAUAGGAGUGUUUGUGGAUCACAGUGCAGGAACUCUGUCCUUCUACAGCGUUUCUGACACAAUGAGCCUCAUCCACACAGUCCAGACCACAUUCACUCAGCCACUCUAUCCUGGGUUUAGUCUUUUUUUUUCUGGAUCAUCAGUGAAACUGUGUUGAUGAAUCAGAAUAGAUAAUAAACACACACACACACACACACCUCUUCAUUUUGCCUUACCAGAGGCUGCGGUUCAGUCUCCUCUGUGUAUGGAGUGAGAGUGUAACUGAAGAGAAGAUUCUGGGACUUUCUCUACUAUCUGGUAUCGGUCAGAGAGAGCCGAUCUAUAUCCGAGAAUGAACGUAUUAUUCGGUGUUACUUCUGAAGCCAUUUCUUACACAUGGUCAUGUUAUGAAUUUUUGCUAAUCGGACAACUAUCUGAUUUGUAAAAACGUUUCCAUUUAUACUUUGCCACAUACAUGUGUCGUCGAAAAAGGCAUAUAAGUCCGAUCUUCAAUGCCUGCACUAUAUUUAAAUUCAAUCUAAAUUCGCUAUCAUUAAAGUCAAUGAACUCAAAAGAUAAACACUGCAUUUUAUUAAUUAUCAGCUCAUUUCGAGAUCAAAGACCGCAAUAGCCUAUAAUAUGCACACAAUUUUGGGAGGAGUAAAAUUUACAUAUGUGGUUUCAACAACCACCGGGAUUGAUAUCGGGCAAUCCUGAACGCUAAGUAUCGGAAUCGGUAUCGGAGGUUAAAAAGGCAGAUCGGAGCAUCCCUAAUUGGAGAAAGAAAAAACCUAUCGUCAAUAAGAGUGAUAAAAAUCUCCAGCAGCUCUGACAAAGUCUGGGUCUGUACA